AUGAUCAGGCAUUCAAGCAGCCUGUUUACAAACCCAUAUGCAAUUGAAGUCCUAAGGACUAAAAAAGAAGAACUUGUACAAGGCAUAAAUGACCCAGACCAGCUCCUGCACUGGCUGAUAGAAAAUGGUAUUUUUAGCCCAGAAAAAAAGCUGGUGCUGAGUUUCUACAGGACACGAACAGCAAAGAACUCUCGGGUGUUAGACAUACUCAUUUCUCAAGGUGAACGAGCCUGCAGGCUCUUUUUUUAUCCAUGUUUAAAGCAAGUGGAGCCAAAACUUUACAGCAAGAUAAGAAAAUACGUCAGUGAAGUAAAUGAAAGCAUUGGAGAUGCCAGAAGACAGUUGGUUGGGUAUUUACUUGAAAAAGAUAAAGUGUGGUUUGAAAACAGCAGCGAACAGCACCAGGGGAAUAAAGACAGACCUGGGGAGAAAAAGCACAAAGGGGCUAUUAAGAAGAAAGGAACAGUAACUCCGCUUUCAAGGGCAACAAAGCCUAGAAAAGAUCCUGCUGCUGUUGACAUCUUUGCUGCAGUAGCUAAAGGCUCCCUUCCUGAGCUAAAGAAAACACUGAAGGAUAAUGACCUCAAUGUGCUAAACCCCUCCAGUGAAACACUUCUGCACGUGGCAGCUGCUCAUGGCCAUCUAUCCAUCAUGGCACAUUUGCUCAGCAAAGGUGCAAGGACGGCUGUGAAGGACAGGAAAGGGAGAACAGCCCUGCACAGGGCUGCUGAGAAAGGCCAUGGAGGUGCAGUCAAGCUGCUUCUCCGAGCUGGUGCUUCCACGCACACUCUGGAUAAGGAAGGCAAGACACCACUCCACUGGGCUGCAGAGAAUAACCACAGCCACAUUCUGAAGAUGCUCCUGAAAGAAGAGGCAAGGAGCUGCAGGAAUCAGCACACCUUUUUACACAUGGCAACUCUUAGAGAUGAGAGCAGCCUGGCCAAAAUGCUUUUAGAGGCUGGUGCCUCCACUGAAACAAAGGAUGGGAGAGGACAGACUGCUCUCAGUUAUGCUGUCUCUCGGAGAUCUGAAAACACUGCAAAAGUACUUCUAGAAGCUGGAGCCACUGUUGAUUCCAACACGGUUGAAAGAGCCUUCAACAGCAACCACCCAUCCAUCUUCAAAAUACUCCUGGAACAUUCCAAAGACUUGUCUGCUGACAUAAUGGAGUUAGCUCUUUUCAGAGCUGUAGAGAAGAAUCUGCACAGUGUCGUAGCAGCUUUAAUUGACAGAGGCACAGAUAUCAAUGCCCACAACAAAAAGCGUUACACUCCUUUGCUGCUGGCCUGUGAAAUGGGCAAAGCGGAGUCAGCAGAAGUUCUAAUGGCAAAAGGAGCAAACUUGGGAAUACGGACUCCUGCUGCAGACACAGCUCUGCACCUGGCAGUGCGGGCUGGGGCUGCUUCCAUCGCAGGCCUGCUGCUGAGCAAGGGGAUGGACACAAACCUCAGGAACCAGGCUGAGGAAACCCCGCUCCACGUGGCUGCCCUCGGGAACCACGGGGCACUCGUUGGCCUCUUAGUCAGCGCUGGGGCCAGAAUCAGCGCUGUCACCAAGGACUCUGCUACGCCCCUGCACAUGGCAAGUCAGAGAGGUCACGCUGAUGCUGCCCAGCAGCUGCUGCACCACAAAGCUCCUGUUAAUGCUCAGGACAAGCAGGCAAAGUCCCCUUUACAUCUGGCUGCUGAGCGGGGACACAAAACACUGGUGGAGAUGCUCCUGAAGGCCAGAGCUGAUCCUAACACACAGGACAAGGAGAAGAAGACUCCCCUGCACGCUGCAGCUCUGAGGGGACACCUCAGCAUCGUGGAAGCGCUGUUGGCUAAGAAAGGGAGAGCUGGAGCUAAGGACAUGGAUGGAUGCACCCCGCUGCACUAUGCCACCAUGAAAGGAAACGCAGACAUCCUACAAAUUCUCCUGGCCUCGGGGAAAAAUAAAAACAUCAAUGACAGAAACGUCUGGAGGAAGACAGCCCUGCACAUUGCAGCGGAGUGUGGGCACGGGGAGCUGAUAAACGUCCUGCUGAGGCACGGGGCUGCCAUCAACGCCUCGGACAGCAGCAGGGACACUGCCCUGCACUGCGCCUGCAGGGCCGGCCACCUCAGCGCUGUCAGUGCCCUCCUCAGCUGGGCUCGGGGGGAAAGGGCAAAUUUACUCGCUGUCAACAGCCUCAGAAAGACUCCGCUGCAAGUAGCGGAGUUUAAUAACACAGAAAACCAGGCUCGAAUUUUAACGCUGUUGAGAAAGAAAAUCCCAGCCUCAGCGGCGACCAUGUCCCCUCAGACCGGCUGUGAUCCCAGACCGGCCGUGACCCGCCAGCUCUCGGCCAUGUCCUCUCAGUCCGGCCAUGUCCCCUCAGCAGCGACCGUGUCCCCUCAGUCCGGCCGUGACCCGUCAGCGGCGGCCAUGUCCCCUCGGCCCGGCCAUGUCCCCUCAGUCCGGCUAUGUCCCCUCAGUUCCCGACCGUGUCCCCUCACUGCCCGGCCCUGUCCCCCAGCUCGCCGGCCGCCCCAGCCGUCCCGCGCUCCGCCUACCCCCGCGCCAUCUCCGCCUCCGCCGCGGCCGCUCCUCCGGGCGCUGCUCCCGCCCAGCUCCGCGCCGCCGCGCCGCCCCUUCCCGCGAUAG